AAUUCUCUCUCUCUCUUUCCUUCCUCGUAAAAAUCCCAGAUUUUUCAAAACUUUCUGGAGAGAGAAGAAAAUCCCCAAUCCAAGCACACACAACCGUAAAUUGUCAAUGAAGUUAUUAAAACUAGUUGCUCUGUUUACACUAUUCUCGUUGAAUCUAAUAAGCUAUACAUGCCUCGCUGCUUCGAUUCAGAGAUCGCAGAGAACAGAGGAGGCUUACGUUACGUUGUUAUACGGAGAUGAGUUUUUAUUGGGAGUUAGGGUUUUGGGGAAAUCAAUUAGAGAUACUGGAUCCACCAAAGAUAUUGUCGUUUUAGUCUCUGAUGGUGUCUCUGAUUAUGCCAAGAAGCUUUUACUGGCUGAUGGCUGGAUAGUGGAGAAAAUCAGCUUAUUGGCGAAUCCUAAUCAAGUUCGGCCGAAGAGGUUUUGGGGUGUAUAUACUAAACUAAAAAUCUUUAACAUGACUAACUACAAAAAAGUUGUAUAUCUUGAUGCGGAUACUAUUGUGGUCAAAAGCAUUGAGGAUCUUUUCAAGUGUGUGAAAUUCUGUGCCAAUCUGAAGCAUUCAGAACGGUUAAAUUCAGGAGUCAUGGUGGUGGAACCAUCUGAAACAGUUUUCAAUAACAUGAUGAGCAAAGUAACCACUUUGCCCUCUUACACGGGAGGAGAUCAAGGGUUUCUCAACUCUUAUUAUGAAGAAUUUCCAAAUGCACAUGUUUUCCAACCUGGUUUACCUGAGGAAGUACGGAAAAGUAGACCUGUACCUGAUAUGGAGCGGCUCUCUACUUUGUAUAAUGCAGAUGUUGGUCUUUACAUGCUUGCUAACAAGUGGAUGGUAGAUGAGAAUGAACUCCGUGUUAUUCACUAUACACUUGGGCCCCUCAAACCUUGGGACUGGUGGACAUCUUGGCUCUUAAAACCCGUUGAUGUCUGGCAGAGAGUCAGGGAACAGCUUGAUGAGUCCCUUCCUGGAACUGGAGGUGGCAAAAAUCCAAAAGAUGAACUUCUUGUCAAAGUUCUUUUCUUGUUACCAUUAUGUCUUGUACUUCUCUGUUACUACCGCUCUUUUCUUCAGACAAGGGCAUUCUGUAGAGGUUCAUUAUGUGAUCAUAUUAGACGCCUCUAUUACAAAAUAAGAUCAAAUGGAGCACUUGCUUACACUGGUAUUUCUUCAUCAUCUGCUGGCAAUUCCACCUAUCAAUUAUCCAAUGAUGCACAGUCCAAGGUUCCAGCCUAUUUGGGUGGAGUUUCCAUCUUCAUGUGUUUUAUGGCUGUUUUGAUCGCCCUUGGGUUUGGUCUUUCAAUUGUGCCUCGGCAAGUGAUGCCCUGGACUGGUUUGCUCUUGAUGUAUGAGUGGACAUUCACAAUCUUCUUCCUUUUAUUUGGAGGCUUUCUCCACUUGAUCUAUCUAUGGGGAAAGAGGAUGUCAACUCAAGCUGCAUCACUUUCUCCUCAUUCUGAAUCUUUGGCUUAUGAUUCUAGAAAAGGUCAUCGGCAGGGGUCAGCUUGUGAUGUUGCUGCAUGGUACUAUGGUUUAGGGAUGGCUUUGUUGGCUGUUGGUGCCCCUUCAUUACCUUGUAUUUUUGGUGUUACUGCUCUAUUUUUGAGGUUAGGGUUGAUGGUUGCUGGAGGCCUGGUUUUAGCAUCUUUCAUGACGUAUGCUUCAGAACAUCUUGCAAUCAGAUCAUUUUUGAAAGGCUUUGAAGACCGGGACACAGCACGAGCUAGGUCUUGUAAUAUUCUUUCAGGAACAGUUUGAUUGAACUUGACAGUAAGGCGCACACCCAAUUUUGUAUGAUCCAACUAAUGAAAUUUGGUGAUGUAAAUGGUUGAAUUUUUCACCUUCUCAAGGUAAUAAUAUGUUAGAAGUACCAAGCUUUUUCUAUUGAUUUUGAAUGAUAAACAGUUUACUAGUUUGACUUAAAUUUGUAAUUUGUUGACUAUGAAUCAUGUACACGUAGCUCUGCCUUUGUGCUGAGCUCUUCUAUUUCA